GAAGGAGGGGACUUGGGCGGCAAAAAACUCUUGGUCUCCAUUAUCAAAGAGAGAAGCUCAACCGAGACGACCCCGAAACUUCACCCCCGCUCCCGACGAGAUGCCGGACGAUAUUGAGCGCAUUGUGGACCGCAAGCUCAUCAAGCAGCGCGUACACUACUACGUGGUAUGGAAGGGCUUUGGACAGGAGAACAACACCUGGGAGAGCCGUAUCGACUUGAUGGCCGAUGGCUACUCGGACAUCAUCAAGAGCUUUGAAAGCCAACGCAAGAAAGAGUCAGGAAGCUCGACGUCACGCGGUCGCAGCCCGCGCAGAAGCAAAAGCCCUGGCCGUCCCAGGAGUCGUCGUAGUCGCUCUCGUAGCGCUUCAGUGACCCGUAGUCGCAGUCGCAGCGCCUCGGUGAGCCGUAAGCAGUCAGAGGACAACAACGAGGAAGAGAAGAAGGAGAAGAAACACAAGGAAAGCCCCAGGAAGACUUCUCCGACUGCACAGUCACGCAGGAGCCCUCGUUACAAAGAGAACAACAACGAGGAAAACGUCAAAGAGACACCCAGACGCCGAUCCACUCGCAAUCAGACAAUGGAGACGUCGUCUUCGACGCAAUUCGUGUCUCGUCUGGACGAGGAGGACGAAUCGGUGCUGCGUUCCACCAUUGCAGCGCUGACCCCCCACGUGCGAGAGAUGACACCUCCAGCUGCUUCGACUGAGCACAAGAAGCCGGUGACGCUGUCGUACGAGGAGGAAGAGGAAUCCGUACUGUUGAAGCCGCAAAGCAACGAGAAGACCGCGACUUCCGAGUCCAGCGCUACGAUCAGUCAUGACCACGAACACGCUAGCCCCGCACAGAACGGUUUGAUUGCUAAGGCGGUGGAGAGCGGCUACCUUGCGUCGUUCUUGAGUGUAGCGGCAGUGGUGGGCUCCUUGGUGGUGAGCCAGAUGCUGCCGCGUGAUGCGGAUGAGACGGAGUUGUGGCGGAGAUGGCUGUCUUUCCUGACCCCAGUAGUUGCGCUGUUGCUCUUCUUCCACCAGAAGGAUGCUCGUGCUUCGGCCAAGUGGGUGGCCACUGGUCUGGCGUGGCGUGCUGCUGCGGAGCUGCUGCUGCUGAUCAGUGACACGCCUCGUGAGUUCGAGAUGAUGGUAGCUAUCUCGGUCGCGCUUGCUAAUGUAGCGCUGCUCAUUGCGGUCGUGUCCAUCCUACGCAACCGUGAGCACGAACACUCGAAGUCUACGCUUGCGCUGCUGACGGUGGGCGUAUUAACCCUCUUCCUGUCGGACAGGUGAGCAAUUGUUUGGAUACUGUGUGAUGGAUAUUUGUUGCUAAGGUUUAACUGGACUUGUUGUGUGUUGAUCAGCUGGGUGAUCUCAGCUGAGAACUCGGAACUGGAGUCGCGUGUCAUCCUCAUGUCCAUGGCUGUUCUGACAAUCGCACUGUCGCCGAUGCCGACGGUAUCCUCGGAGGAUGAUGAUUAGGAUAGGGCGCCUCAGUCACCCUGCUCGACGCUGUAAUUAGGAGCUUCUUGUUUUUUAUCGCUGACUUCAUUCGGAGGCAGCAUUGUCGCUGCAACCAUAUGAAUUUGAUGAUCUCCGCUGGCUGUGUUUAGACCCGUCCUAUCGUUGCAAGAUGUCUGUAUUAUUCAACCGAGGUGUCUUACUCUUGCGAUAGAGCCAGAUGCAGCGUCUUGAUCAAUAGCUGCUGACUCUGGACGCUCACGAUCGAGUCAACGUCGCCCUCACGGUGUACCAGUUCUCGAAUGACCUCGAUCGUCAGUGCUGCCGUAGUCUGAGCGCCAUGCACACGGUGCUCCGGUCGGGAAGAGUACUCCUUCAUAGCCUUGUAGAGUAGCGUUUGACGCAUCAUCGACUCCAGCUUCUCUUCGUUCACACCGGCGGCCGACUCGGCUGCCAGGUUAUCCCACAAUUCACCAUCAUCGACAAUACAAGAUCGCCACACACCAGCACGCAUCUCUUCGUACUCUUCGGUCAGCGGGUCUGUUGCCAGCGUCUCUAACGCUUCCAGAGCCAUCAAGAAAGUGUUGGUUCUGUUGCAUGAGAAAACAAAGUGAGUAAAACACGUCAAGCAAUAGGCAAAAUCCAGGAUUCAAACUCACCUCAUGGGGUCAUCUUUGUCGGCGGAAAGCGCAGACGAUAAGCACACGUGGGCCAGUUCUUCAGGUGAUAACGGCUGUGAGCUGAUAGACUCCUUCAACGGCAACUGCAGCAGCAACUCUUGAAGCUUCCCGCGGACAAGCUGAACACAAAAAAGCGUAAGAAUGUCUCCUUUUCACAGAAUGAAUAACAGCAAACGUACCUCA